AAAACACCCUAUUAUGUAUCGGCAAACAAGGAAUCAUGCUUCGUUUAGAACUUAAUUUUUUUUCCAUGCAAAACAAGUUUUAUUAAGAAUCAUGGAAUUAACGAAAAAAAUCAAAUCUCUUGUAAACAUAAGACAACCUAGUCGAGCCUCCAUUGAUGUACCAGAAAGUGAAAGUUUUGAUGCACAGGAACAAAUAAUUAGCAGAGAUCAGGAGCCUCCUUUAAAGGCCUUAAACAACCCCCAAGUGGAAGAAGAAAUUUUGAACUCCAUUGAAGAUGUUUUCUUCUCAGAUGAGUCAUUUGAUUCAAGUGAAUACAAACUCAAAAAAUUUUCAGAAUCACCAGAUAUCAGUGAAAUUCAAACAGACAGAGUUCAAAUGGUAUCUCAGUUACACGUGGUUUCAAAGAAGUUAUCUGAUCUCAUUCUACAAAACCAGUCUGCUUUAGCGGAAGAACUGCAACGUGUGACGGAAAUGCAGAAGACUUUAGAAGAAGCAUAUAACACAUGUGUGAUGAGUAGAAGUUUACUUGCAAAGACAAAACAAAACUUUACAACUGCUAGUCUUGGGAUAUUGGCAAGCUAUCGCAAAAGAGAGCAGUUAAAAUGUCUGCUUCGAUCGUUAUACAUGAUAAAAACACUGCAAGAAACAGAUGUCAGAUUAAGAGAGCUCUUAGAAGAAGAAGAUUAUCCUGGUGCAAUCCAGUUGUGUCUUGAGUGCCAAAAAGCAGCCAGCACUUUUAAACAUUUUUCAUGCAUCAGUGAAUUAAGCUCCAAGUUACAAGAUACUCUAGAGAUGACAGAGGAACAGUUAGACGUUGCUUUGUCAAAAGUGUGCACAAAUUUCGAUCAAGUUCGUUAUGAGAAACUUCAAGAAGCCUAUGGUCUUCUUGGAAAGACUCAGACUGCUCUGGAUCAACUCUUGAUGCACUUUGCCAGUGCCAUACACAAUACUGCUUUCAGGAUAGUGUUGGAUUUUGUAGAGAAAUCUGGGAAUGAGAAAAGUUUUCCAAAACGACAGUACUUUGAUUUGUGCAAGUUAGUCAAUUCAGAUAAUUUUUCCGCGUGCUUGGCGGCAUUGUGUAAAGCAUUGUGGCAAAUCAUGCAAAGCUACUGGCAUAUUAUUGAAUGGCAUGAAAUUAAUGAUGAAUGCAUAAAAUCAGGAGAAAAAGAAAGUUCUACUGUUUCAACUGUGGAGUCGUCUUUCAAUCGGACUUACACCAAGCAAAAGCUGGAGCACGGAUUGUUAAGAAUUUGGCAAGAUGUUCAGCAGAAAGUUAAGGGAUAUCUUCUGGCAUCCGAUUUAUCUCCUUUCAAGUUUGAUGAAUUUAUUCAUAUUUUAGCUUUAAUUCAAAGACUCAUUGAUAUCGGUGAAGAUUUUUGUGGAAGUCGCUCGGAAGAUUUGCAGGAGUCAGUGCGAAAGCAAUCUGUUAAUUAUUUCAGGAAUUAUCAUAGAGGCUUCAUGGAAGAACUACGUACAUUCCUUGAACAUGAAAGUUGGGAAAUAUGCCCAGUUCAUUCUGCCUUUUCUGCAGUUCAUCUCCAGGAAUUCCGAUUUCUUACACGUUCCGUCGUGAAGCAUCAAUCAUUCUCAUCUCCAUCGGAAAAGCCAGAUAAGCCUUCUAGUCCCGGUCGCAGAGAAAGCUUCUUCAAGAGGCAAAACACAGAGUCCAAUAAUCCUUUUGAUGAAAAAUUUGAUGAUGAUGAAGGAGAAGAGAAUCUCUACUUUAAAGAGAAUGACGAACAGAACAGGACAAGUUAUGAUUCAGACAGUGACGAUUCUGAAAUUCCUGAUGAGCUUAAAAAAGAUUUUAUCGAGGAAAAUACAGAAGAUCUUCCACGUAAAAUUCAUUCCAAAUUAAAUAAGAAAGGAAGUGUUGGAGGAAGGAAAAAACAUGUUGCAAUUUUGACUAAUACAGCUUUGAAUGUACUUAGAUCAUUUGGUAAAUAUAUGCAAAUGAUGAGUGUUUUGAAGCCAAUAGCUUUUGAUGUCUUAAUUUGCAUGUCUCAGCUCUUUGACUAUUAUAUGUACUCGGUAUACAUCUUCUUUGCAAAAGAAAUGAGUGACCUAACUGAAAACACAUUGAGCAAUAAGUUAAGAACAUCACUGAAGCGCAUAAGAGAGAAUUUGAUGUGUGAAGAAGUAAUUGAAACAUUUGAUAACCGAAAUAAGGAUAAAAUCCCUCCUCCUAGUUUGUCUAGUGCAGUGAACUUGAGAAAAGUGGAAGAUUUGUAUGGUUUAGCUGAAAGAGUUGCAGCAGCAGAAUCAUUAGUAUUUUUAGCUGAGCAAUUUGAACUACUACAUCCUCAUCUAGAAAUACUCAUUCCGCCCACAAAACGAGCUUUUCUGCAACAAUUUUGCUCUCAGACUGUCAGUCAAGCUGCAGAACUGAGACGUCCCGUCUACAUGGCUGUUGCUGCAAAGACCAUCGACUACGAGCAAGUGGUGUUCCUCAUGGGGUCUGUCAAGUGGGACAUCAAUGAAAUCAUGUCUCAACACAGCAGCUAUGUUGACAUCUUGUUAAGAGAACUGCAAGUAUUCAGCAUGAGGCUGUCAGAGGUUUCAAAACGCAUUCCAGUUCCCAAGGAAGCUUACGACCUCUUGUGGGAGCACUGUAUAACUUUGGCCAAUCAUUCCUUUAUUGAAGGGUUUUCCCAAGCCAAGAAAUGCACAAAUGGCGGGAGGGCCCUGAUGCAGCUAGAUUACCAGCAAUUUCUCAGCAAGGUCCAACACUUGACCGACCUGAAGUCUCUGCCUGGAAAGGAGCUUGUUGAAAGUUACAUCAAAGCAUAUUACAUGCUGGAGCCCAAUUUAGAGCACUGGAUAUGCUCGCACCGGGAGUACACAAAUCGUCAACUCAUAGGGUUGGUGAACUGUAUUACACAACUAAAUAAAAAAGGAAGACAAAAACUAAUUAGCCAAAUAGAAGAGGGCGAUAAGUUGAAGAGGUGACCAAAGUAUAACCUUGACUUAUGUAAUAUAAACAUUUUGUGAUAUGCCAGUAACUGUGUAGUAUAAGUUAUAACAUAGUUUGAAGUAAAAGAAAAAAAUAAUAAUUGUGUAAUUAAUUCAUUGCAUAUUUUUCUAUUUUGUAAUAAUUGUAAAGAACUCAUCAUUAUAAGAUUUUACUCAUUAAAUUUGUAAGUAAAUUCAUUUUGUUGUGUUACAUACCGUCUUGAACUACUGAUAGGAUUUGUAAAAAUUAAUUUUUAUUCUAUUUAUUCAAGCGCAAAAGAAAAAUAUGAAGUCAAGAUAAAAACGUUUAGUACUUAGUAAAAAGUUUUAGAAUAGGUGCUGCUUGAUCAAUGGAAAAGUAUGCUGAAUAAAUUUUUGCAUAUUCUUUUCAUUAAAUUUAUUUUUCAUGACAUCAAAUAAAAAGCAUUGAUUUUUACACCUAGUAAUUAUUAUUUUAUAUUUUUUUAAAAAAUUAACAGCGUUUGUCCAUCUUUUCUGCUGUCAGAAAAGUUUAUGUGUGACUGUCUAGAUUAUCUUGCAUUAAGUUUCUGUUGUGCAUAACAAAACAGGUGAUUAUUAAGCUCAAUUGUUAAACUAGUUGAACUGCUUGCGGCUUGAAAUAAAUGUUUCAAGUUGUUAAAUUGAACAGAUUUUUUUUCUUUUUUGCAAUGUAGAAAAAUAUUUAUAGACAUUCGAACCUCGUCAGUUUGGUUUUUGGAUUACUCGACUUUCCAGGUAACUUGAGACAUAUGUUUUCCAUGUCAUCAUGCUGUUGUCUCCCAAGAAGUAGGAUAUAACUGGGGACUACUGUACAGAUCAAUAGAUAACAGAUUUAAAAACCCUUAACUGAAAAAAAUUCUGAAUUUAUUAAUUUAGAGAGGUAUUAUUCUUAUUUUGUUACUAGCUGCAUUGCCCGGCUUUGCAUGGUCUUCUAAAAUAAAAAUGAUGGCGAGUGACACAUGUUCAACAAUCAGGCUUCAAUUAGAAAGAAAAAAUACUAUAAAAUAUCCCGUCAAAAUAAUCAUUCUGAAAGAAAGAAAACGGCAAAUAAAAAAAUUCCCGAAUAAAUUAAACGCAACCCUCCAUAAAUACACCUAAAAUCCUGAAAAAAAGAAAGAAAAUAAA